AUGUUGUUGGUAAACAGGAUGAAUAGCAACGACACUGGCGGGGAGGCCCCCGAAAAGAAAUCGAAAUUCGACCUACAAGGCCUUUUCAAGAAGGAGCUGAGCUCAAAGCCGGCCUUGGCGAGAAACAAGUCUCUGGUUCAAUACAAACCCGUGGUGACGCCUUCCAACAUCUUCAACGACUUGAACCCAAUCACGAUCAUCCAAAGUGUCGACGAAGAAGACGAAAGCAUACUUCAAGAUGAAGGCGAAGCGACAGAAGAGGAAAUCCCAGCAGAGUUUUCCCUUUCGUCGGACGACCCCUAUGCAUUACACCCUUUGGACAAGGCCAAUUUGUUCAGCAGCCACCUGAGCUAUUUCACUCCUCCCCACCAUUACUCCACCUUGGUCAACAACCACGAGAGGUACACUUCAUUUACUUCCGAUUGCAUCUCGCUACAAAACAGUGAAAUGAGCACGGCCGUCUUGGACUUGGAAACAGAUGCCAUUUUGCUCGCUUUGCCCGAACUGAAGGAACCAAGCUCCUCGUUCAACUCUAUAAAAAGGACAAUCUCAAAGAAGAAAUUGCCUGAGAGAAUCGCUACUCCAAGACGCAAUUUGAAAAGCAUCUUGAGAAUGGCGUCAUUUUCAGGUAGUCACAACAUUCAAUCAACAAAUCCACAUAAAGAAGCAGCACUUUCAACCCUCGGCGAGGAUAACCCUGAAGGAAAAGGAAAACUAAAACUAAAACUAAAACCAACCGAACAAAAAAAAGGCCACAGUAAUAUUGAUGAUAAUGAGGAAGAAGAAGAAGAAGAUGAUGAUGAUGAUGAUCAAAAGGACGACGUGACUGAAGCUGAUGACUAUGAAGACUAUUCAGAAACCGAAUCUGAACUAAACUUUGAUCCAAAGCAAGAAGAAAGCUCUUUUGAGUACAAAGUUGGUGGUUACCACCCUGUGUGCAGAGGCGACGUCUAUUACAGCAGGAAAUUCCCCAACCGCGAGUAUGUCAUUGUAAGAAAACUUGGAUGGGGCCAUUUUUCAACGGUUUGGCUCGCCAAAUCAAGAUUAUCCUCGAUAUCCAAUCUUGCCAGCGAUUCUCAAGAAAACUUUGUUGCCAUCAAAUUUGUUAAAUCAAACAAACACUAUAAAGAAGCAGCUCGCGACGAAAUUCAAAUUCUUCAAACCUUGAGCGACCCCCUCAAAUACGCCAAGCACUUGACCCAAGAACAACUCAAAUUUUUCGAAAACCAUAAGCAGCACCCAGGUUAUCAACACAUGAUGCAAUUAUUGGACGACUUCGAAAUUGCCGGUCCUCACGGCAAUCACGUUUGCAUGGUUUUUGAGAUCCUUGGUGAAAAUGUGCUCAACUUGAUCUACAAGUAUAAAAAAUUCUACAGAAAUGUCCACCUGGAGAUUAAAAAGAAGGACGAUACCACUGCACAACAAAUCAAAUUCAACAAAUGGGAUACCAAAAUAUUGAAAAAGAAUACAAAGUCCAUGCUCAGUUUGGGCUUGACAAAGAGACCAGAGUUGACUGAAACCCAGUCGACGCCUGCUCUUCAAACAUCAUCAACCUCGGCAAACUCAUCUUCUUCAUCAACAAUGUCUCCCAGUGAAAUGGAAGCAGCUGAGAUUGAAUCAACGACAACAGUUGGCUCAUGGGAAAACUCAAUCGAGAAAAAACUCAAACUGAUGAAUUCUAGUUCUCUUCAUAAAAUUAUAGAAACUUCGAAACACCGCGGAGGCAUCCCGUUACAUCUUGUGAAAAACAUUGUUGAGCAAAUGCUCUUGGCCAUUGACUACAUGCACCACUGUGGAGUUAUCCACACCGAUUUGAAGCCAGAAAACAUCCUUAUUGACAUUGAAAAUAUCGACAAGAUCAUCAAGACCAUUGAAGAGGAAAAAUUUCAGAAAUGCCAAGCCAAUUCAUUGAGCAGAGGUGCGUCAUUUAAGAAGUCAGCUUCAAAGUCGUUUAUCUUUCUGAGAAACCCGUCUUCAACCAUGCUUCAGCAACCUCCUCAGCUUCAGCUGUCGCUCACCCAAUCACAAAUCCUACCACAGCAUCCACCGCAACCACCGCAACCACCACAGCCUUAUCCUUUACAGAAGCAUAGGCGCGCAUCCUCGCUGGCAUCAUCAACUUCACAAUCUUCAAGCUUCUACUACAGAAGACUGAAGAACCUGGUGGUUGGCAAAUACGACUCGCCCAUCCGUUGCUCAAAGCCGUUAUCGUGCUCGUCAAUGACACAAGAUGUCUUUUUCAAAGACGUGGACUAUACCAAGCCCAAGAAAUUGUCCAUUUCCAAAGCCAUCACUCCCAAAUACUUGUCGCUUUUCGACAAGAAGGAAGACGAAGUGAAACGCAAAUUCAACAUCAAGAUUGCCGAUUUGGGCAAUGCAACAUAUACAAACCAGCAUUUCACCAAUCAAAUCCAAACACGCCAGUACCGGUCACCAGAAAUCAUUCUCAAGUACAAGUCGUGGGGGAGCUCAACCGACAUUUGGUCGAUUGGAUGUAUAAUUUUCGAGUUAAUCACGGGUGACUUCUUGUUUGAUCCACACGACAGUGAAGGUAAAAACGGCUUUGACAAGGAUGAAGACCAUUUGGCGCAGAUUGUCGAGCUACUUGGGGUAUUUCCUUCGGACGAGUACCUUGUCGAUUGCAAACUCACCGGUAAAUUUUUCAAACUCUCGCAAUCGUCAAAUGUCCAAGACCAAAACGUAAUCUUUAAAAACAUUGAUAAUUUAAAAGUCUGGAAGUUGAGAGAUGUUCUUGUUGAAAAGUACAAGUUUGAUAAGGAUGACGAAGAGGUCAAUCUCGUCUGUGACUUGAUUCUCAAGUGUUUAAAGUUCAACUUGGACGAAAGAUACGAUGCUCAUAGUUUGCUUAAACAUCCUUGGUUCAAUAGCUCAAGCACAAGCUCGGUGGAUGCUUCAGCGUUGGAGAAUAUGAUUAAUGAGCAUAAUGAUUUGCCUGGUUACACUUGUGAAGAGUAA